AUGCUGUCUCAGUUGCUUUGGCACCCAGCCGUAGUCUUAGCGGGCCUCUUCGUCGUCUGGUUCGUCGUGUCCCUCCUCAGACGACCUCGUCUUCCCAACACUCCCAUCGUCGGAUCUCGCAAGGGCGACUGGUUUCCGCUAUUGCAAGCGCAAUGUCGCAACACAAGAGACUUCAAAACAGCAUUGGAGCUGGCCUACGCGGAAGCCCGUCUCAUCCUGGUGCCUGUUGCCGGCGAGGGCGACAUCUUUAUUCUGCCGCUUGCAGACAUCAAAUUCAUCACCGAUCAGCCGGACUCCGUGCUCGGGUUCAGCGAACGCGCGUUCGAGAUAUUUCAGAUCGACUACACGUUCCCGGACCCCACGAUACCGCGCGUGCCGCUGCAUGAGACCCUGUUCAGGAUGAAGCUGACGCCCCAGAUUGGCAGUCUGGUGCCAGACCUGGCUGAUGAAGCCGCCUGGGCCUUCGACACGCAUUGGGGGAGUGCAACCACUGACGACGGGUGGCAUGAGGUUCGGGAGCGUGGCCAACCGCGCGUUGUCGGCCUGCCAUUCUGUCGAGAUCCCGAACAGGUGAACAACGGCAUGGCGUUCGCCAUCGAUAUCCCACUGACCUCUACCCUGAUCAAGUUGGUCUGGAAGCCGUUGCGCCCACUCCUGGCCCCCCUGAUCACCAUUCCCAACCGUCUUCACACGCGCCGAUUCCGGAAGAUCCUGAUUUCGGAAAUUGACCGUCGCCUCCGAGACUAUGACAAGCACCAACGCGACCCCGAGGACAACAAGACUCUCGCCGAGGCGCAGCCCAACGAUUCCUGCAGUGGUCGAUCCAGGAAGCCAAAGCCGCCGGCAACCCUUACAUUCAUCCAAAGCCGAGUGUCUGACGAGAUCCACGACGAGAUCGUCUCCGUGCUCUCCGCGCACGGCGGCGCUUGGAACAAGCGCGCCCUCGGCCAGCUCGAGAAGCUGGACUCGGCGAUCCGGGAGAGCGCGCGCCUGAGCUCGAUCGUGCCGAUCGGGCUCGGGCGCACGGUCGUCGCGAGGGACGGCGUGAUGACGCCCAGCGGCGUGCACCUGUCCCGGGGCACAAAAACUUCUGUGGCCGCGUAUUGCAUCAUGCGAGAUGAGACGGCCUACCCCGGGGCCGAGACGUUCACGCCCUUCCGGUUCUCCGACCAGCGGAAUGGCAAUAGCACCCAACGCGGUCCGAAGACUGAUGACGACGACGACGACGACGACGACGACGACGACCAGAAGAAGGCUGACCAUGUACGCCGCGCGCGCAUGGCCCUGCCGACUACGAAUCCCGACUUCUUGGUCUUUGGCUAUGGGAGACACGCCUGUCCGGGCAGGUUCUUCGCCGCCGCGGAGCUGAAGCUGAUCCUGGCUCAUGCCCUCCUCAGCUACGAGUUUGGGAUUCUGCCACGGAAGCCUGAGGGCUCGUGGGUUGGCAUCACGAGGAUCCCGCCGUUGCAGGCUACUAUCAGGAUAAGGAAGCGGGUACAGGCCUGA